UCUAUUGUCACUUGUAGAUCUCUUACUGUAUUGAUGCUUCAUUGAUGCUUGUGUGUUGUUCCUCAAAUGUAUGUCACUUUGGAUUAAAAGCAUCUGCCAAUGAGUAAAAGUAAAUCUAUAUGUUUUUCCAAACCCAGUGCAGACCAGUAUAGUACCUGGUGUAGUACCUAGAAUCACCUGAAUAAGGUGGCCAUUUGUGCUUGUAACAUUAGUGGAAUCUUUGCUCUGUUGGCAACAAAAUCAUUUAAACAAAUAAAUGACAUAAAACCUGAAAUGUAUAGGGAGAGACAUCUGAAAUGUAUUGGGAGAGAAUACAACAUAACAUAAUAGUUUUUUCCUAGGAGGGUAGUAAAAGAGAUGUGUUUGUCUUUAACUUUGGAGCUUUGGCUCUACCAUCCCUUCACACAAAGCAAUCUCAGUCCAUUUUACCGGUGUCAGAACAGGCAACCAACAUUAUUUCUUGGCAACAGUGGUAACCACCUGCACAGUGAUGAUGAAAAAUUUACACAUACCACAUGUUGCAAAAAAAAAAAGUAGUGAAAGCAUAGGAACCGGGUUAGGGGGAAGGGGACCGAUCAAACACAGGUUCAGAGUCAACCAAACAAAAAAACAACAAAACAAGCUGUGUUAAGUUGCUGUGGCACUGUUGUUGUGACCAACAAUGAAUCAGCCAGCACUCACAGGUUCACCUGUAAAAACUUGUGCACAUGUAAUGUUCAUUCCAAGAUACUUAAUAGGACAAUGGAUGAGGACAUUGCUCCCACCUCAUUUAGAGCAGAGUCACAUGAGGUAAAUAGGCUCACCCUGAUUAGCUGAACAUGUAGCAUGUAUACUCUUCAGCUGGGUGGCUAAGUGAAGAAGAACUACUACUAAUCAUAGAGAUAUAUCAUAGAUCAUAGAGCUAUAGCUGUGAUAUGUAACUAUCAUUUAUUCAGUUUUACCUAAAGGCUAUUAAAUCUUCUAGCUUAUUUUUAGAUCGUAGUCAGUAUUGACAAUCAACUCUUUAGCUUUUCUUGGAUGCUGCCUCUUUCUUUAUCAGAUGAUGUGGCUGCUUAGUUUUAAUGGGAGAGAAAAACAAACUGUAAUAAAACGAUGGAGCAUCAGCAUUCUCUAGAGGCCAAUAGAGGGCAUAACAUUUUCUUUGUAGAAAUGCAUACAUUUUUUCUCGCUGUCUGCUCUUUCUCCUGUCUGCCUGCUCUCAAUGCAACAUAAUAUUUACUGCAGAACCCAGACUUGUGCAAACUGUGCUAUUUUGAGCAAAGUACCAUCUUAUUUUGUAAAUGACUGCCUGGUAUAAUGUAGAAACAGACCUGAAUGAGAAAGUUACAAGUAAGACUUUGGGACAGCCUAACUGAACUUGGUAAUUAUCCUGCCAAUCUUGUUAUUCCACAUAAAGUACACUGAUCUACUUGAUGUACUUUUAAUUCAUGUACAAACAAGCCAACAAACAAUUUUUAAAAAGCUCCACUGCAGCAGCUCUGGAACUAUUCAGAGAAAGCCUUCCCUCCUGUGGAAUGUACUGGGUAGCCAUGAAGAAAUACCUAUCUUCUUAAGGCUAAGAAGUCCAUAUUUCUCUGUUUGCAUAGCCAUCACAGUGCACAGUUACAGGGCAGUCAAUGCAAGUUGAUGAAGUGGACACUAAUUUGGAUGUAAAGUUUAAAUGCCUAAAACCAGCGCAGAUCCAAGUGCUCAAAUCGUCUCACGGAUUAAAAUAUGCAUUAUAAUACUCUGAUUUGCAUCAGUGUCAUAUCAUAUACAACACUAUGCAGACCUGUCUGGUUAUCCACCUGCCUGUUGCUUACAUUUUCUUUUGGUCUAUCUUUAUCGCAUAAUUUUCCAUUCGCACAUCCAUCUAUCUGUUAUACUGUUUUUCUUUACUCUGAGGUUGUCUCUCUGUCGCUUCUCUGUCUGUCCUCAAAAUACCCAGAGGCAGGUCUGCUCAUGCAAAGCAAAUCCAGACUGGAAUCUCUUUAUGUGAUGUUCCACCCAUCCUCCCACACCUGAACAACAGGUCCACAUCUCAAGGCCAACCCCCUCAAAAUAUCCAGGUAGGACCAAGUCACUAAGAAUCGCCACAGAAGGCCAGCUGGGACACACUCACUUGCAAGUCAGGACAGACCUCUUUUACACUGCGUAUUUGUGUCUAAGGGUCAAAUCAACCAGAACCUCCUGAGGAGCUCUUUCAUCUCUUUCAGCCUCCUCUUCCCACCCUCCUCCACCUCUAAGGCAGCAGUUAUGAACUGGUCUGAAUUGCAGACACUCCUCAGUGGGGUCAACCAGUACUCCACCGGGUUUGGCCGCAUCUGGCUCGCCAUGGUCUUCAUCUUCCGGAUGAUGGUGUUCGUGGUGGCGGCCCAGCGAGUGUGGGGCGAAGAUAACCUUGUGUGUAACACGGCGCAGCCUGGCUGCAACAACGUGUGCUACGACCACAUCUUCCCCAUCUCCCACAUCCGCCUGUGGGCCCUGCAGCUCAUCUUCAUCACCUGUCCGUCGCUGAUGGUGGUGGGGCACGUCAAGUAUCGCAUGAAGAAGAACAGGGAGUACACUGCCUUCCACAAGGGUGCCAAGCUGUAUGCCAACCCUGGGAAGAAACGUGGGGGGCUGUGGUGGACUUACUUGCUGAGCCUGGUUUUAAAGGCAGGCAUUGACACUGGCUUCCUUUACAUCCUGUACCACAUCUAUGAUGGUUACGACAUGCCUCGCCUGUCCAAGUGCUCCCUGGACCCGUGUCCCAACAUCGUGGACUGCUUCAUAUCACGUCCCACUGAGAAGAAGAUCUUCACCCUCUUCAUGGUGGUCUCCUCUGCCUUCUGUAUCUUAAUGUGUGUCUGUGAGAUGGUUUACCUCAUCUGCAAACGCAUCCGGAAACACAUUAAGAGUGAGGUGCAUAGGCAGAUGCUCGCAGAGAGUGAUGAGAUGGCACCGCUGGCCGAACCCAGGUACUCCAAAACACCCAUCAGAUGAUCAUUCUUUUUCGACUCUAUCCAAAACCUCAGCAACGUCAAGGCUGAGCAAAGUACACAUGGGACUACUGCAAGCAAACCCAUUCACAGGACUCAAUGACAAAAUGACUCUACUACUUUUUUCCUAAUGUGUUUUUACGGUCUCAGUCACUAAUUUCAAGUAUUCUUCAAUGCAGCACGAUGUUAAUUUUGUAAAUUAUGUUUCCAUUUAGUAAGGUAAAAUAGACGAUAAAGAAGGGAAUAAUUUAGGGGGCGUGGCUACCAUGACGACGAGUCAUUCAGGAGAGAGGCACACUUCCAGUGUGGGGCGGAAAAAGACUUGGGCUGGUAGAUGACACUUGACAUCAUUAUUACUGACAGUGACAUUGGUAACUAACACACAAUACCAUGUAUUAGCUAGCCAAACUGGCGUUCAGAGUGUACAUAGUUAUUCAAGUUAUGAAAAUUCAUCAACUCAACAAGAAGAUGUGCAAUCUGAAAAAAAGUAAGGGAAUAUGUACGUAGCAUAUUUGAACUGUGAGUAAUUUAGUUAAUUGUAGCGGAUUAACUUUCAUUUACUGAUCAAUCCUAUAGUUUUGUAAUAGGUUGGAUUCUUUUGGUUGGUUGUUUUUUGUGGUGCACAUUCAAGGCAAUUACAUUGCUCACGAUGUGCUUACUCACACAAAAAUACAAAAUCACAAUAAUAAAAAAUAAAAUAAAAUCAGACACAGACUUCAGUGUAGACAACACAAAUAUACACACUAUGAACUAAAACAAUAUAAACAUACUGACAAAUGAGUGCAGUGAACAGAGUGCAAAGGAUGCAGGAGUAUGUACAUGUCAGAGGUGGAUGUGAUAUACAGGUACAUAUACAUGCAUACAUGUACACAUGUACAUAGUAAUGACUUGAGGUAGGUGGAUUUGGUAUACAGU